ACAGCCAGAUAGCUUAGCAUAAAGACUGGAAACAGGGCAAAACAGCAAGACUGUGCUUCGCUCCACCAGUUCCCCACUGUGCCGGCCUGGAGAGGAGUAAGGGAGCGGAAAGAGGAGCGAGAAGAGAGGAUUUGCUGAACCGAGGAGAGACAGACGGGGGAGAGGGACCAUGGCUGCUCUCUCUGCCUUGCUGAAGACCUGGGUGAUACUGCAGACCUUGUGCCUGGCUCUGGCCCAAGUGAGGGGUCCACCUGGACCUCAGGGCCAGCAAGGCCCACCAGGCCCCUCUGGCACUCCUGGGUCAGAUGGCAUUGAUGGAGACAAAGGACCUCCAGGCACCCCUGGUCCACCAGGGCUGAAAGGAGAGCCAGGAGAGCCAGGUCCUGACGGUCCGCCAGGAGAGAAUGGCAUUGAUGGUUUGAUUGGAGCGAAAGGUGAUCGAGGUCCCAUCGGGAGCCCUGGCCCAAAGGGUCAACCCGGUCCAAGUGGUGAGCCCGGACCUCCAGGGUCCGGUCUUCCAGGUCUGGCUGGCGCUCCAGGGCCAAUUGGUCUUCCUGGUGAAAUCGGGCCAAAUGGAGCAAAGGGUGUCAUGGGACCACCUGGACCUCCAGGGCUUCCUGGACCUCCUGGCAAGCCAGGUCCUCCAGGAAAGUUCAUUGGUGGAGAGGAAGGCAGUGCAGACUUCCAGUGUCCUCUUAACUGUCCAGCAGGACCUAAAGGUCCCCAAGGACUACAGGGAGUCAAGGGACACAAAGGACGUGCUGGUGUUCUUGGAGACCCUGGUAGCAUAGGAAAACCGGGCCCCAGGGGAGAAAUAGGCAUCUCUGGGGAACAAGGCAUCCCAGGACCUCCGGGUCCAAUGGGUCUCAGAGGUUAUCCAGGGAUGAUGGGUCCCAAAGGAGAGGCAGGCCCUCGUGGUUACAAGGGCAUCAACGGACCUGUAGGAAUUCCCGGUCCUCCUGGUGAGGAGGGACCUCAGGGACCACCCGGAGAGGCAGGAGACAAGGGAGACAAAGGCAGUCGAGGUAUCCAGGGCCCACAGGGUGCAGUUGGCAAAAAGGGAGAGAAUGGUCUGCCGGGUAUUGAUGGGAAAGAUGGCACACCUGGUAUUCCUGGAAUCAAGGGUGGCCCUGGGCAGGCUGGCAUGCCUGGUCCUCCUGGUCCUCAGGGAGCAGCAGGAUUACCUGGCAGCCCUGGGGCAAAGGGUGGAGCUGGAGCGAAGGGAGAACCUGGACCGAGGGGUCAUGUUGGCAUGGCAGGUGCCUCGGGACCUUUGGGUGAGCCUGGUCUUCCUGGUGAGCCUGGUAUGGAAGGAGUCCCUGGACCCAAGGGUGACAGAGGCCAGCGGGGAGAAGUUGGGCCACAGGGAGUCGUCGGCAAGCCUGGAAGCAAAGGAGAGAGAGGCCCCAUUGGUGUUCCAGGUGCCCAGGGUCUUAGUGGAACUAAAGGAGACAAGGGCUUCCAAGGAAAAGUUGGGUCAAAAGGGGACGUUGGUGACCCUGGCGUUGAGGGACUGGCUGGCGAGAAAGGUGAAAAGGGUUUGUCUGGUGAACCUGGGCCCAAAGGACAGCAAGGAAUUAGGGGGGACACUGGACACAAUGGACCCACUGGAGAUCCUGGUAAACCGGGAGACCUGGGACCACCAGGGCUACCUGGUCCUAGGGGUCUUAACGGAGAGCGAGGAGUACCUGGCAUGCCAGGCAUUCAGGGAUCACCAGGACGUGAUGCAUCUGACCAGCAUAUUAUCGAAGUGGUGUUGAAGAUGUUGCAGGAGAGGCUAGCAGCAGUGGCAGUGAGCGCCAAGAGGGCUGUGCUUGGUGGUGCAGGUGUAAUGGGACCUCCUGGGCCCCCUGGACCUCCAGGAGCACCUGGUCCUCAGGGGUUACAUGGCUUACCUGGUGCACGUGGCAUCCCAGGUAUCUUUGGAGCACCUGGGCAGAUUGGAAACACGGGGCUGAAAGGAAAGAGAGGCGCCAAGGGAGAGAGAGGCGAUCCAGGUAAACCUCACCCAGGACCACCAGGGCCCCCAGGAAUACAAGGUCCUCCUGGUGUUGAUGGUGUGGCUCGGGAUGGUAGGCCCGGCGAGAGAGGACCUCAGGGAUCAGCUGGAGAGGCUGGUCGCCCCGGUAAGGCAGGCUCGUCAGGUCUCCCAGGCUUCUGUGAGGCAGCGAUGUGUCUGGCAGCGUCAGCGUACACCUCACCGAGACUACAGGAGGCUGGAACGAUCAAAGGACCCAAUGUUUAGAGACCUGUUCCCGCAACACCUGGGAGAGAGGGGAGAGAAAGCAGGAGAGACGGCAAGAGACCACUCUUCUCAGUCGGAUAACAUCAAGAAUGAGAGGUGGGGGACAAUAUUAAUGUGGUGACUGGAUAUGUAGCCCCCCUCCCUCCUAGGACUGACAACCUGAAGUUUUUUACUGGUGGGGCAUCAUGAUCUUAAUCCCCCACAUCACCAUGACAACAGCAGCUCACGGCCACCCACAUCCCUCUGAAUUCUCUAGUGUUUUUUGGAUGAUGUCAGUGUCAGUCCCAUCCAAAUAUCCCAGCCCAGCUCCAACAGUGAAAGAGGAACAGAUUCAUCUUGCAUCUCCUUGUCUCCCACCAACACAGUAUCUGAGCUGAAAACCAAAUGUGAUGAAGGGUGCUACUCUUUUCAACCGUGGUCACUUUAAAUGGUUUUAUAUAUGCAAUAUUUUCUUUGAGAUGUGUUUUGAAGUUUAAAUGCCAUGUCUUCUCUUGCGACAUCACACCUGACGCCUUAAAAGUGUACAAAAAGGACCAAUAAAUGAUUGCAGCCUGAAUGUCCACUCAGUACUGUACUGUAUUGUAAAAUGUAGUCUUUUCAUUUGUAAGCUUGAGCGAAAUCCCUGAUUUACCUCAUGUGUACAUUGCCCCCCUCCCCUCCCAAUCCACCGCUUUCUACCCAAGUCUCAUUUUAGAAACUAACGACUAGCUUUAUCUCUUCCUCUUGUUGCCUGGCAACAGCAUAUCCCGAUGGGCACUCCCAUCUCCCACAAUGCAGUGCUGUAAAUCUUUGUAAAUGUGUGUUGAUUAUUAUGUAGAGAAAAAAGAAUGGGUUACGAUAUGCACCAACAAAAAUCCUGUGUUAAUGAAAUCGAUGAAUAAUAAGGAGUUCCUGCAGUAAUAAUGACUUUUUCUCAAAAUCAAUCAAUUAACAGUCCAAAUGUGCUUUCCAUGCCACUGUCAACUCUCCACAGGAUGUCAGCGAACUAAUGACUGAUUUAUUUUCAUCAAAAGAAGCUAUUUAUUGUUCUUUAUAUAGUCGUCUGUAAAAAGUUUUUUUUUUUCCUGGCUGUUCAGGUCUUCCCAAACCAAUAAAGAGGAACCUUUUGUAAAAUCCAA